AACCUUUUCUAAAAGUCGAUCUCCUCGCCCUGCCGUAUUUCUGAAGUGUGAAGCCGUGGUGAAGGCUGGUGGCGAGCGGGGGGAUGCCAGCCAAAAUGCAGCUCCUUAUCAGAUGUAACGGGAGGAUUUUCCUGGCUAUUUGUUUAAUCCUCUUUGUGGGAUACACAGCACAAGGUGCUCCAGUGCAGAAGGCAAGGUACAAGCGAGUGAGAUGCCGACCUGACGCCUGGUCCGCUAACUGCAUUGAAGAGAAGGGGCCCUCGUUUUACAUGCCCACCAGCGGAGCCAACAGGAUCCUUCCUCCCAUGGCAGACCCGUCCCUGAUGAAGAGAUACCAGGAGCUGGGCGACAUAUUCCCGCUCUCGGAUGAGGAGUCUGGCUCCGGGUCUGACGCCGCAGUGGAAGCAGAGCCAGCCUCUGGGUCGGGGCUUGGUGAUGGCAAUGGCUUCUCCGAGGCGAAGCUGCCUGCCUUCCUGGCGGGCCCGCGGGGCAGCGAGCUGAAGCAAAAGCUAACGGAGGAGGAUUUGCUGCUGUAGGGCUGGAGAUGUGUGCCUGCUCGUGAUGGUGGCGGCUUCCCUCGCCUCCUGUGACCCUUCCCCGCUGCCUGACCCGACGUGGCGAUGGCCACGGAGCGGUUUUAAACCAACUCCAAGUCAAUAAAAACUUUGCCUCAUGA